GACUUGGUGAAGCAAUCAAGCUGACACUAAAGCCAGGAGAAAGCGAACUUCACUUCACGUAUGACAUCAUCAAUGACAAAUAUUCUCAAAGUCCAGAAAAGGGAUUCAUAUCCCAGGCUUCCGAAUAUAACCUGCUGACACGAGUUGUGGACACCGACAAAAAUAUAGUUUAUUUGACUCCUAUGAAAGGAGAGUGCCAAGGAAAUAUUUCGUGGCUCUUGGACCUGGAAUCCAUCGGGAAACCAGUGGAAGCAGUCAUCAUAAAAGUUGAAGACUUUUCAGAGUUCAAUAACCAAACCUCGGCAAAAGCACAAUGUUGCACUACAGAUAAAUGUUGGAAUCUUUCUAUGAACACGCCUUUACAAAUCUUAGAGCCAAACAGUAAGACAUUGAAAAUUUCGAUUGAAUUGGUUGCCGGCACACAAUUGUUCAAGCGGGAUUUUGUUAAAGGGAUGAAUGCCGACAGUUUAUCAGUAAUAGUUCUCACCUAUAAGUGA